CUAUCCAAUUUUCUCUAUGCUAGAUGUUGUGCAGAUAUUGCGGGAUUUGACGGCGUCAAAAGAAUGUUUUUUGAUAUCAGCUAUUCACCUUCUGGUUCUGAUGAAGUUGUUGAGCAAAAGUAAAAUGUAAACUUAACUGUGGACCUUUAAUUGGACAAUAUAUACUUACAAAUCAAAGUAUAGAAACAUUAGGAUUAAAUAUUAACAUAUUAAAACAAGAUAUCAAAAUGGCACCUGUACCUUUAGAGGGUCAUCAAACUCCUGUUACAAACAAUAUACCACAGGAAGGUAAUCGUGGAGGGUCCAUCUCCUUAGGCAUGCUCAUAGAUUUUAUUGUACAACGAACAUAUCAUGAGCUCACUGUCCUUGCUGAAUUAUUACCACGUAAAACUGAUAUGGAACGCAAAAUUGAGAUUUAUAAUUUUUCUGCUCGAACGAGGCAGUUAUAUGUCCGUUUAUUGGCAUUGGUAAAAUGGGCAAACAGUGCAUCUAAAGUAGAUAAAUCUGCGCAUAUUAUGGCGUUUCUGGAUAAGCAGUCAUUACUUUUUGUCGAUACUGCGGAUAUGUUGGCAAGGAUGGCUCGUGAAACUUUAGUGCAUGCCAGGUUACCAAAUUUUCAUAUUCCUGCAGCUGUGGAAGUACUUACUACUGGGACAUAUGGUAGAUUACCAGCCUGCAUUCGGGAAAGGAUAGUGCCGCCAGAUCCAAUCACUCUUGCAGAAAAGAGAACCACAUUGCAAAGAUUGAAUCAGGUUAUUCAACAUAGACUGGUCACUGGAAAUUUGUUACCGCAGAUGCGUAAUUUAAAGAUCGAAGCAGGAAGAGUAACUUUUCUCGUUGAGCAAGAGUUUUCGGUGUCUCUUACUGUUAUGGGCGAUGGGCCUGCAGUCCCAUGGAGGCUGCUAGAAUUAGAAAUUCUGGUUUCAGACAGAGAAACCGGUGAUGGAAAGGCAUUGGUACAUCCAUUGCAAACUCGAUACGUACAUCAGGUUGUUCAAUCGCGAUUAGCUGAGAGCACUAACCCGUUAUCAGAAGUAUAUCAUAUAUUACAUUUCUUCUGUCAGUCACUGCAAUUGGAAGUUUUGUAUUCUCAAACGUUAAGGUUAAUUCGGGAUAGAUUGGACGAUCAUAUACAUGUAGAUGAUUAUACAGCUGGUAAAUGCCUCUCCAUAUCUUAUUGGAGAGAGUUAACUAGUAAGGAUCCACGGUCAGAACUCGGAUACAAAUUAACUGUACAAGUAGACCAACAUGAUCCCGCAAGGCCUCUUGCAGUUGUACAUAUUCCGUCGUUGGGCAGUAAGGAAAGUGAAAUAGCACACAGAGCCAUCAGGUCGGACCAAUUGUCGAUGGAGUGUUUACUCGUUCAUACAAUUUACAUUCGAACACGUAGUCGUUUGACCGAAUUAAAACAAGAGUUGCAGACGAUGCUGAAAGACGUUGAAUGUACCUUGGCGGGAUCUCCAGCGAUUUUGUCAGUACCUAUAUUACAACCGUGCUUGCGUGCCGAGCUUCUGUUAGUUACAGUCGAUACUCAUACCGGUAUGCUUCAGUGUCAUGUUCCUCAGUACGACGCACCUCUUGUACCAGAGCUAACAACGGCUCUCAAUGGAGAUCAUUCGCGUCUACCGACACUUAUAUCUGAAUUAAGAUUUUGGAUAACACAGAGACGUUGCGAGAAGACAUUGCAGCAUUUACCGGCUACUGCCCACGAACGUUUGCCCAUUUUGUAUCAUCCAGAUCACCCUAUGUCCAAAAUUAGUAGACAUCGGAUGUUCGUGCAAUUGCACAGGCAUCCUACAGUUAUACUGAUCGUCGCAUUCAAAGAGAAAGAAAGUUCGCCGUGUGAGAUAGAGUGCACCUUCUAUCUCGCUGUGGUGAAACAUAGUACUGUCGAAGAUGAUCUACAUGAUGAUAAUAUAGAAACUGAAAUACCAAAAAUGUAUUUAAAGGUCCAAAGCCUCAUUGAGUUCGAUACUUUCGUCAUUACUCAUGGUCCAUUUACAAGUGUCGAUAGCGGGAAUAAUGAUCAAGAUGGGGGGUGCAUUACAGAAGUGGUGGAGACGACGAGCAACAAACGUAGAAGCACUGGGGUCGGGGGCAGGACAGACGCGGCGGGGACCUCGCAGGGCAGGAGACCAAAGCAUCCGGCUUAUUUCAUUCCGGAAUUGGCGCAUGUUGUCGCUCUAUGUGACGAGCGAAUACCGUUCGUAACAUUGGCUCAAGAGCUAAGUAAGCGGGAGAUAGCUCAUCAAGGUCUGCAGAUUGAGGCGAAUGCCACGGCAUUAGUACUCAGACUUGUUCAAUUACCUGCCCCAUCGCCGAGUAUCGCUACGAGCAGCGCUUGGUAUGCUCUUCUGAAAAGGCUUCUCAGUGUUUCGAUCCGAGUUCAAGGCAAAGGCAUGGCGAAAACUUGGACUGCAGAAUUCGUAUUUUACGGUAGUCCCCUUUCCAGUAGUCAUCCCAAGGAACAAGGCUUGCGAAGACCAAUCUAUUUUCAAUACGAAAUGGGAGCAGCCGAUACCGUCUCUCGUACUGUCGAUGCCUUAUUAAAUGAUUGGGCACAAAUCGUGCAUUUGUAUACAAUUGUUCAUGAUUUAGCUGAAUAUUUUAAGAUGGAGAAGUACAAUUUACGUAACAUGGUUAGUAUUAAAUCAUAUAAUUAUAGCAAAUUGGUUCUCGCGUACGGCCCAAAUCAUGGUGCGGCUGUGACUGUGCAAUGGAGUAUAGCCGAAAAAGCCUUUAAGCUUAUAUUUGGAAAGAGUCCAACAAAUACAAUAUCUAACGCGCAUUCUUUAAUGAAGGAGCAAUUAGAGGCCCAUUUAAACAGGCACAUGAAUUUGGCACAACUUAUUCAUAUAUUUCAUGAGACGCUCCAACCACUUACGUCGAUUAGUAAAUUGUCAACAAUUCCUCAAUUAUGCGUGCAUAACACUAGACCACAAGUGCCAGUACAAACUUUCACUAUAAUGCCACAGAGUGUGACUUUAGUAAGAAUAGCGUACCAAGGAAUGUAUUGUUUGGAGUUACGUUUGCGAGGCGGAGGUUUAGUAAGCUUACGCGAUGGAGCUUACAGCCGUUUUGAUCGCAGUAACGUUGUCGAGGAGUUUACACCCACGCAAGGUCUAAAGGGCUUUUUGUCCAAGUAUGUCGAUGAAAGUGCAGUGUUCAGGCGGAGAUCUCAAUCGGAAGAUGACAAUCCACCGUCGCCCGUCACUAUGGACAGUGAUGGUGCAGGAGGUAACGUGGGCUUUCUCGGUCACCACAGAGGCGGACCGCAGUCACCCGCGCAACAACGCGAAGGCUUGAGGUUUCAUCCGCCACUCACACCGCCUUCCGGUAGUAAUCCUCACACACCGGCCAGUCCUCAUACCGCAAAUAUAUCCCAGGCCAGUCAGCAUCAAAGUUUCGGAAGUAGUCCCGCAACUUCGUUCAACUUAGCAUCACCACCGUCACUACCGCCGAAUACUCCUAACAUGCUACCGCAUCCAUCUCCUGGAUCAGGUCUCGUCGCCAAUAGUCCUUUGAAUCCGAUGCACGUCCCUAGUCCCGCUGGUCUCAUGCCAACGUCAUCACCAGGGCCUUGCAGUAACGUUCAAGUAGGGCAUUCGCCUGCUAGCUCUUUCAUGCAAACAGGUCAUAUCGACGGCAGUCCUUUUCCGUCCUCUCAAAGCAUGGCUUCGCCAGCUGCUUCCAAUUGGCCUGGAUCACCGAGCGUACCGAGGCCUUCUCCCGCGAGACCCGGACAGAGCCCGAGCCAUGCGGCGUUACACAGCCCGCAAGCUGCGGAUCACAAGACCGGUAGUCACAUAUCCAGAGUAUUACCGCCACGGUCUUGGGCGGGCGCUGUACCGACGCUUAUCACGCACGAGGCGCUGGAUGUACUUUGUACUGCUUCACCUCAUCCCUCUGGCCUACCAGGCCCAGACAUGUGUCCGCUGGAGAGAUUUUUGGGCUGCGUCUACAUGCGAAGGCAACUGCAACGGUUUAUCCAGACGGAGGAAUGCCUGGUCGGUAUUAAUAGCACCGAACCUGGCGUAGUACACUUCAAAGUCGAAAGCCUGCAAUGUAGAGUCGGAUUAAAUCCGCAACAUUUGCAAUCCCUUCACAUAAAAGUUCAACCACUACCAGAACAUAAAGAUCAAUGGACUCUGGAGGAAUUACAGAUAUUAGAAAAAUUCUUCGACACGCGAGCGGCCGCUCCACCAUACAAACCUAACACGCUGUCCGGUUUUGGCAAACUGCUCAAUGUGCCUUUCAACGUCUUGAAAGAUUUCGUGCAGAUAAUGAAGCUGGAGCUGGUUCCCAGUCUCGUGCAGCAACAGCAGUUGAAAUGGUCUAUUCAGUGGUGCCUGCGCAUCCCACCAUCCGCUACGCCAAUCAUACCCACUGGCAUGGCGGGAGUAAUCGUUUGUAGAAACAAAAUCUUAUUCUUUCUGCAAAUAACGAGGAUAGGUAUAACGUAUCAAGGAGAACCACCGUCAUUGGUGUUGCCAAUCGUAUAUGACGUCGGGGCGAAUUUAACGCAACUGGCGGAAAAGAGAGAUCCCGGUUCCGGGAUCGCGGCAGCGGGUAUACAAUUGAAGAGAUUCAGUGAUUACAGUUCGACCCAACCGGAAUGUACACUGUUCCCUGCUGUGAGGGACCUCCUAGCCAAUUUCACGUUACCGUCGGAGCCACCGGUUAUGUCACAAGUUGUAGCGUCUCCUGUAUCAGGCCAAGUAAACCCUACACAAAUUCAGAACCCGGCGAUGCAAUUACAUUCGCCUAUGGCGGGCGGCCAAGGACCACCGCAAGGACCGUACGGUAUUCAAGGCAUGAUACCAAUGGGCAUGAUGAACGGGCCACCUCAAUAGGACUUACUUUAUCUCCCUAAUCCCCUUUGUAUAUCAAGUUAUCCAAUGUGGAUGAACUCUUUCUAGAAAUGUAAAAUUAAAUAAUUUAUCAUAUGUACAAUCAACUCGAGAUGAAAAGAGAUAAGGGACGUAAGAUGUAAAUUCCGAAACUCACUUUGUCUAUAAAUAAAAUAAAAAAUGGAUAAUUAUAAAA